UUAUGGCAGCAAUAAGGAAAUGUGAGAAAAAGGCAGUAAAGAGGGAUUUGGAGAAAUUAAGAAGAUCGUCUGAAAAAUCCAAAAGGUUAAAAUGGAAAAGAAAAGAAAAAUGUUGGGAGGGUGAAAGAAAGGAAGAUAUCACUCUCCGCCUCCGAUGUUCUGAAUCCCACCGGUGUGGUGCUGAGAGCCUCUUGACAAAACCCUUGCUCCAAACCCACGUCCCUUCUAGGGCACAAUCCCAACCUCCUUCUACCGCAACCAUGGCCCACGGUGGCUACGGCAAGCGCAGGGUGAACCCGCCAGCUCGCCGAUCGAAGGGUUUGGCGGUUGAGAAGAAGCCCAAGUCCGUCUCCCUCAAGAACCAAAUUCGAUCUGCCGAGCGCAUGCUUCGCAAGAAUUUACCUGCUGAAGUGAGGGAAGCUCAAGAAAAGAAGUUGGAAGGACUUAGAAAACAGCAAGAAAUUCAUUCUCGUUUGGCUGUUGAGCGCAAAAUAUUCUUGCGCGAUAGGAAGAUAAAAUUUUUUGAGAGGAGAAAAAUUGAAAGAAGAAUUAGGCGACUUGAAAAGCUGCAACGUGCUCCAUCUGGCCAAUUGCAAGAUUCAGAUGUCGCAGAUCAAUUGUCUAAGUUGAAAGAGGAUCUUGAAUAUGUUAGGUUCUUUCCCAAAACAGAAAAAUAUGUAGCUUUAUUUACUGGAGGUGAUGAUUCAGACAUGGUUGAUAGGAGGAAUAAGUUGCGUGAGCAGAUUAAAGCCAAUCUGAUUGCUGCGGCAGCCAGUGGAAAGGAUUUAGAAGAGACCGGUAGUGAGGAUGAUGGGUUGCUUGACAUGAGUGAGGAUGAUUUCUUCUUAUGUGGCAGCUCAAGUGAUGAAGCAGAUGCAGAUGAUGAAUGGACAGACAAAAGUACAAGGGAACAAGCUUCCAGUACUUCCGGCAAAGCUGCAUCUGGCAUGUCUAGUGACGAAAGAAAUCAUCAGAGGCAGAUUUCUGCCAGAGUCUUGAUGCCACCUCCUCGUCCUACCAAAUCAUUCUCAAGUUCAGCUCAAGCUCGGUCAAAAGCUGGAUCUUCGUUGAGAAAAUCGUCUACAAAUCACAGGGCUGAGUUUUCUACAUCCAGCAAUACAUCAGGUAGUAGAAGUGGAUCUUCUUUUAAAGUCAGGGGAUCCUCAAACUCGCAUACAGGUCAGAGCAGUAAUAUAAGUUCCAAUUCUGAUGCUCACAAACCCCGAAGAAAGAGGAGGCCAAAAAAGAAAAAACAGCAGGUAUGAUAGAUUGGCCUCGGCACGCUGUAACAUUACAAGCCUGAACCUGACUUCUGAAGCGGAUUCUGAAUCUUAACUCUUCCAUGAAAGUAUCUUAUCUGCUGUUAACCCCUUUGGCGGGUUGCUGCAUUAUAUAUAUCAAGGGUUUUAGAUAUCAUUUCCUUUAGUUCUGUAAUGAUCUAUGAUCUUUUAUUGUGGCCCUUUUUUCUCUUGUUUUCCCUUUUGGAUCAUCAGAAAAUCUUCACAGGUUGUGGUUUUGGGUUGUUUCUUUCCUAUACUCAAACUUGUAUUGGAACCUGAAUCUUAUAUACCAUGCUUCUUCUGUGGCCUUUCUCAAUAUUAGUUCCACUCGUUUCCCUGGUGA